GGAGAAAACAAAAGCACGGAAUAGCAAUUGUUCAAGCUGACGCAAGAUUCCCCAGUAAUCUCAGUAGCAAAAAUCGAAGAUUCUCAAGUGAAGAGACUAAAGCAAAAAACAUGUCAGCUACGCGAAAAACAGCAGUGCAACCCGGACUCUGGUUACGCAUGAGCUAUUCGGCUGAUAUUACUCGGAGAAUGCGCGAAAGGAGUGCAUUAAAUCGUGGUGGCCAGGAUACUGGCGAUGUCAGUGAAAGCACGUCCUCUCUCGAGAAUUUGACGAAACAACUUCUUAGUUUCAUGUCAGCCGAAAACAAGGACACCUCGGUGACCUCUGGUUCAAGCCUUAGUGGGUUAUUGACAAAAUAUCGACUUGGUCGGGCCAAUCGUCUCUCGAGGGAGAAGGCGCGCUCCGAGGAGGAUCGUCAGUAUGCAGCUAGGGAGGCAACGCUACUUGCUUCGGAAGCUGCAUUGGAAUCAGCCAGACAGCGAGCAUUAGAGAGAAGAAAUUUGAAACUGGUAAAGCUACGCGCUCGAAUGCAAGCUCGACAUGAACAGGUGGAGGCUAGAAAACGAGAACUGGAAGUGGCUCAACGGAUGCGGAUAUUUGAUAUAUUAGAACGGCACAACAAUGGAGCAAUAAAGCUGGGUGAUCUGGUUGCUUGCGGGUUACGAACAAGCUCGGCAAGGUUGAAUGAAAUGAGUUCACUCGUGUGGAAUUAUCAUUUGAAUACUAACCAGAGUCGGAACGCGGAAAUUCGUCGCCCGGUCAUCCCCUUUGGCUCCACAACCCCACGUCUUGUUUGUCUUACAACUCGGGAAAUGCUAUCUGCUCGAUUUGCAAACGUUAACAAUGCGAACGUUGCGAUGUUUCCGCAAAAGCGUAGGGCGCCUACCAGUACAUCUGUCUCAUCCCGUACGGUUGUACCGUUGAAAGAUGGCCUGAAACGGCCACUAGAGCGGAAGGCGAUACCCACCAGUACUCUGAGGAACGGCGAUGUCACAGUCAGUUACAAAAACAUCGGAAAAGCAUCAAGAACAACUCGGAGCCUAACGGAAGGAUCUCGUUCGGAAUGUCACUCGGAUAAGGGUCGAAUAUAUCGGAGUUUCUAUACCCCGGCCACAAAAGGUCACAGCGUACCCAGGCAGACACUCAUAUUAAAAACGCACUUGGAACAGGUGGAUCCAUCAACAAACUCUAAAACGAAAGCAAAAUGUAACAAAGAAUCGAUUCAAGAAACUAUCCUCGCCAAACUACCGAGAGUGUGCAGCACCAAUCGUCCAACAGGAUCGUCGACCAGAAUGACGCAGUCAGCAAUACAAUCAAGUUCUCUGAGAGAUUCUGCGCGUAAGGAUAUCAUCCCUAUCACAAAGAAGGCAUUAAGCGCCACACUCAGAAUGACGCACCAUAAGGAUAUGCAACAGAACGUGACGACCUUGAGCUGUGGUGAUACCGGGGAGACGUUUCGUAACAAAAUACGGGUACAGUGUGAGAAAACGGGAAAACGUAUCAACAGAACUAUGAUUGGGCGAAAGGCUCGCAGUGUGCCAGCUCAAACAACUCACGAAGUACUGGAAGAACUGGCUGGCAUGUUGGUGGAAGAAGCAUGGCAAAGCGCAGUAAAUGCCAUUGGAAAAGAAACUAUUCAGUCAUUGAAACGAAUCCAGGAAGACACUAGUUAUUUGCCGGUUACGAUCCGUAGCAGCCCGUCUGUCCAAGUCGGCGGGAAGAAGGCAGGCCUGGUUCCACCAACCGUGAUACUACAUACCGAAACAAUGGGAGGUUCCGUGCUUGAGAACCUAACCAAGGACAUGGAAACCCCGCAACAGUCGAUGAAGCUUCCGGAUCCUCCAAACAACACGGUGGAGCCUGAUGUACAAGUAAUCACGACCUUCAGCAAGCAAGAAAUUGCUGAAAGAGAAGAACGCAAAAGACGCCUUGAGUUAGUCAUGUUGCGCCUCAAAAACGUGCGCAAAGCUACAGACUGCAUGAGAGCAACCGCGAAGUGUUCAGAAUCCUUGCAAAGUUUAUUGCCAAUAAAUAGCAAAAGCGAAAUCACCAGCCGGUCACAACAGGCAUCACCCACUUAUUCCCCAUUCGGUUCGGUGGACGACCACAGCAUCCUCGUUCGACCCAAUUCGUCGGCUUCCAUCUCGUUCGACCAACCUGUUCCGCUCUGUGGAUCGUUAGGUAAUUUGUCAUCCACCGGUCAAACUGCGGUUGCUGGACCAAGUGAACAAACAGUGAUCCAGACUAAUGUGUCCCUUCCACCUGCUACAGUACCAUCAUCCUUGUCAAACAGAACCACUGUAGUCGCAAACCUACUGGCUUCAGGCCGUCUGGCCGCCACAAGUCGUGCAGCCACUGUUUUGUUAAACAUGGCUCCCCAUCGUUCUUUAGCUGACAAAAGGCGGGACGUUUUGUCGAGCACGACUAUACUGAUGUGGCGAACAUGGAAGACUGACUAUACCAAGAAUGUCAACGCACAGGGGGACCAACGAGGCCACAGGGCAGACGGUGAUACUUUAAACGCAAUAAAGAUGCAAACCAACUUGUCAGUUCAACAGCUGAACUUUGCCAAGAACCUGAAGGCAUCACAAGAGUCUGGAGUAUAA